AUGACAUCUGCCAGUUCUAGCGACACAAGCGGAACAAAUCUUCAGAAGAAAAUAGAGCUGACGGAGACACAAGUUUCAACUUUUUCCAAUGUUCUACUAGAAUACGGCUUGUAUGUCAUGGCACAUUCUUCGCCUCUUAUCCUGGAUGCUUCUCCGUUUUUAACGAGUGACAAGAGCGGUUUCGCAGCAAACUCGGUAACGACCAACAUCUGCGUGAGUCCACUUCCGCUGGUCAGGGCGUGGGCGUUGCUCUCAUUUGCUGCUGUCGGCAAAACAAAGAAAGCUUUUGGAAAAUUUCUUCAAAGCAUAACAUUGAACCUGGUACCAGAGGACAAGUCUAUUCAUGACGUUCUGGCUCUUCUUAACAUACCUUUUGUUGGCAUUCCUCAAUGCAUACGAGUAUUCAGUGAAAACCAACCUGUAAUUCCACUGAACAAAGCAAUUUGUGAGAAGAUGGAAGGAUACUACAGCACUCAAAAUUCUCUAUCUCCUAUUUGCCCAAUGAACUUCUCUGGGGAUGAUGAUGGACUGGCCUCUAUUACUAGGAUCAAUAAAGAGGCUCAAAAGUGCAGUGGGGGUUUUCUGAAAUAUGUGGUGCGAGAAGAAAAUGGUCCAAAUAGAAGAUCUCUGAUGGUUUUGCUAUCAUCUAUCGAUUGCACCUUCUACUGGAAAUUUGACGGCAAACGAGGACCGCUUACAAGAUGCCCAUUCUAUGAGUCAGCAGGUGAUGGUCGCACAAGCGAUCUCUUCGUCUGGCCUUGUGAAGGUAACUUCCGUUGUUCAUUAAGUGAUAGCGAAAAACUGGUGGAACUGGAAUCAAAUGUGGAAGGUUUUAAGCUGUACUUAUACAGAUCCAGUGAACCUCCGACAGCCACAUCGUUCGAACAGGCUGUAGAUUCUCUUCCGAAAUCCAAAACAUUUCAGAAGAUCUGUGUGCCGCACUUCUCUGUAAUGUGCCCAUUGAGACUAUCAGAAUGUACAAAUAACAAAGGCAAAUUCGGGCUACGUCGAAUCUUUGACAGGGAAAAGUCUGACCUCUCUGGGAUAUUUUACCGCAGCCACUCGUUUUACCCUUACUUCGUCACAUUAUGGGAGCAUUAUCAUAAGGCAAAGUUUACAAACAACACAGCAGCAACAUAUUUGACAACGGAAGGCACAGGUCAAUCGAAAGUUUAGAAGCUACUAAACGGAAAUCCAUGUACAUGGAAAUGAGAC